GCCGGCAGCUUCUUAUGGAUAUCGCGUGGGCAUCACUCGCAUGUGCUCUUCCUUUUGGCAUGCUUGAUCGAAAAGCUAUUUUGGAAGGUCUUGUCACCUCUGUCCACCUGGAAGUGAAAGGAAGAGAGAGAGGGGGGGGUUUGUAAGUAAUGUACUGUCUAGUCCCUUACAAUUUCAAUAUUCAUUGUAUGAUGCUAGCGCUUGUCUUGUUGCUUCUUUUUCCACGCCGGUUUUCUUUUCUUUUUCCCUCAUCGGUUCCUCAAAAUGGUCUCACCGAGGCCAACCUCUGCACGGCUGAUGUGUUAAUUAGUCGCAGAGGGGGGGAGGGUGCCCGUUCACAUCUCCUCUCCUUCCAUCCUCUGUUGAUUUGCCGUCUUUGGAUACACCGAGUGCCCAAGCUCCUUCGGUUGCUGGCAUCGUUUGUGGAAAGGGUCCGAACAGCCUCUGCAGGAGGCACCAGCUCCCUGUCGUGGGGACAGGUUUCGCAGGCGAGCAUCAUAUCUCCCUCAUCCGUGGUUCUGGGUAAGGUGGCCCAAGCUGCGGGUACGGCUUGGCUCUACUAGAAUAGAAUGGUAGAGCCUCUCUCGAGCCGGGCCCUAACCUUCGACCAGGUUCCUGGACGGCAGGACGGAGAAGACAAACGCAUUCUCAUUGGUAUCCCACUAGUACGUAUCAGCGUGACAUUUCGGGACGGCCCUUGGCAUCUCUCUCCAAGUUUUGCUGGGCCAGUGGGGCGGGAGCAAUAAUUCCGUCGAGGACAACAGACAGGCCAGGCACCCUUCCGCCCCAUGGGGUUUCUGGCUGUUUGGGUGCCGGCAGCAAUGUAUGUACAUACAAACAUACCCUGCACCCAUUGUCUCCCCCCCCCCCCC